AUGGGGUGGGAGUUAAGGUAUGUAAUUGCAGUUGGGGCUACAAGGGGACUGGAGUACUUGCAUCAUGGGUUUGAUAGACCUGUGAUUCACAGAGAUGUGAAGUCAAGUAAUAUUUUGUUGGAUGAGGAGUGGAAGCCAAGGAUUGCUGAUUUUGGACUUGCAAAGAUUAUUCAAGCUGGUGGUGGAGAUUGGAAUCAUAUCAAUGCUAGAACUCAUGGUUACAUGGCUCCUAUUCAAAUGCUGGAAGAGGCUGAACCACAUAAACUUACAGAUGUCAUUGUGGUCAAGAAAGAAGGUGGAGCUGGUACGGAUUACAAAUUGAAGGCUACCAGCAUAUUUGAUCUCAACACUUGA